GUCCUCGCUAAAUCAGCGGCCAGUGAGCAUGCUCGACUCGUCCACGUACGGCAGCUCGCCUCGUAUGGAAGAUCAGGACUCAGAACGGCCACGCAUGAUGGGUCCAGUUCUGGUUUGCCCUUGCAUCACUUGUCCGGCUCUGGCUCAGGAAGCGACAGCCUACCUUAUGCCUUUUCACCUGGAUCACAGGUGCACAGCACGAUGAGUCCAGCGAUGCAGAGCCCUUAUCAGCCGCUGCACGCUUCCGCAGGUCCUCCCCGCAACGCACUUCCAGCAGGCUCAGCUGGUUCUUACGUCUUGCCAUCGGCCGAAAGGGAUAGACGGGCAAGUAUGGUCGCAUCUAGCUUUGCUCCUGCUGCGACGGAAGGAAGGGAAUGGAGGCAAUCUGUGGGAUCGGCGGCGAAGCCGUCGCACCGAAGACCACCUCAGGAGGGUUUCCGCAAGGUCAGAGAGUUGGGUGACUUGAGACCCAGCUUGCAGGUUGCGCAGCAAGGGGCUGGUCGAAGAGCUGAUCCUGCAGGUGGUCAUGUCAGCCCGCUCAAAGCAGUGACGACAUACCUGCAUCACACCUAUCAUCUGGUCAAUCCAGCUUUUGUCUACGAGCUGUCGUUUAAUCCUAGGAGAGUCUUGACCAAGCCAAGCAAGCCUAUGCAUAAUGACGGAAUGGACAACGAGGACAGCGAUUACAUCCUCUACGUCAAUGACUUUCUUGGUGCAGACGAAGGCAACAGAUACCUCAUCCUUGAUGUGUUAGGCCAAGGCACAUUUGGGCAGGUUGUCAAGUGCCAGAACAUGAAGACGCACGAGAUCGUGGCUGUCAAGGUGAUCAAGAACAAGCCUGCGUACUUCAAUCAGAGCAUGAUGGAAGUGACGAUUCUGGAAAUGCUCAAUGGAAGCUGGGAUCCGAAUGACGAGCACCACAUUCUGAGGUUGCGGGACACCUUUAUCCACGCCAAACAUCUCUGCUUGGUCUUUGAGCUGCUCUCGUCCAACUUGUACGAGCUCAUCAAGCAGAACGGCUUUAAGGGCUUGAGCACGAGCCUCGUGCGCGUCUUCACAGCUCAGCUGCUCGACUCAUUGACCGUUCUCAAUGAAGCCCGUCUUAUCCACUGCGAUCUCAAGCCCGAGAACAUUUUGCUGAAAACCCUGCAAACGCCGUCCAUCAAGCUGGUCGAUUUUGGUUCUGCGUGCCACGAGAAGCAGACGGUUUACACGUACAUCCAGUCGCGCUUUUACAGGUCUCCCGAGGUCUUGCUUGGCCUGCCGUAUUCGUCGAUGAUAGAUAUGUGGUCAUUGGGCUGCAUUGCUGUGGAGCUCUUCCUUGGCUUGCCCCUGUUUCCUGGAACCUCGGAAUACAACCAGAUCACUCGGAUUGUCGAGAUGCUAGGAUUGCCGCCAUCGUACAUGCUGGACCAAGGCAAGCAGACGAGCGAGUUCUUCAACAUCGCCCAAGACGAAUGGGGUCGCAAAAGCUAUCGAUUGAAAUCAAUAGACCAGUAUCAAAAGGAGCGGAAUCCGAACCCCCCUGAGCAGCCCUCGAAGCGGUACUUUCAGGCUACUACGCUACCGGACAUUGUCAAGACUUAUCCGAUGGCACGAAAGAGCGGUAAGCCAGCUGACGUCCAAAAGGAAAUGGCAAACCGGACGUCCUUCAUUGACUUUGUCACGGGAUUGCUGAGCAUGGAUCCAGCCCAAAGAUGGACGCCGCAGCAAGCCAAAUUGCAUCCUUUCAUCACCGGAGAAAGGUUCCUGAAGCCGUUCAAGCCGCCUGCAACACCACUGAGUCCAACGUCGUCCCUCAAGUCAAAGGCGUCCUCACCUUCGAACGAUUCAGCCAAACAUCCCUACGGCGGCCUGCCGCAGACCACUGCACAAUCUUCCGGACGGGCAUACCAAGAUGCUGCGGCGUACAAUCAGCAUCUGGCGCAACAGCAAGCAUACAACUCGGCACACCACGCGCGCCAGACACUGCCAUCUGCUUCGAACAACCCCUACGUGCAAGAUGCCACUGCGCAAGCUCAAGCGCAGGCCCAGGCCAAAGCUGCGGUCAAAGCCCAAGCGCACCAGCAACAGCUGCAAGCCAGCGCAUUGGCACACGCGCAUCAAGCCGCAUCUUCACCACAGGGCUUUGUCUCGCCAAGCGGGUCCGGAUCUACGAUCCAGAAUCGAAGUCGAUCGAACACGAUGACGCGCAUGGAUGCAGUGCCUCCGCAGCUGGCAAAGAUGGGCCUAGAAGCGUCGCCCCUUUCUGGCUCUGUCGCGCUUGGAUCAGCAAGGCAGUCCCUGACACCGGUCGACUCGAGAGAUUGGGAUCGUCGGCAACAGCCGCAUCUUCAGCAGAAUGGUCUGGUAGGGAUGAGUCCCGGUGGGACCGGAGCAGCAGGAGGCAGCAAGCUUCGAGGAGCAUCUCAGUACCAACCUUUGGACGCUGCGCAGCAGCAAUGGCGAGGCAAUUCGCCUCUCCAAGGCUCAGCAGGCGGCUACCUAUCUUCGCAUCAGGGAGGUUCAGGGUUCUCUGUCGUCGUGGACGGACAAGAUCGCAGGUUGGUGAAUCCCCACGAUCAACACGGAGCGGGCGGCAGCUCACUUUCAGCCCUAGCAUCUCCGAGUGGAGGCUCCUCUCUGCCUAUUGCUCAGCCGCCACCGGCUGCUUAUGCGAGUCCUUCGUCCGCGCAUGCCCAAGCAAGCAGGUUCCAGUCUUCGUCGAGUGCCCAUCAACCGCCAGGCCAGACCUACGGAGCUGCAGGCAUGUCUUUCGACCCUUACGAUACUGGCAUUGCCCAGCUCAUGCCUGCUUUGAAGCCCACGCAAUAUCAAGGAAGUGGAGGCAGCACCGCUUCCACCCAGCGGCACUCCAUGGCACUCCUUCCCGGACAGGGUGGAAGCGGAGGUUCGAGCCACAGUCACGCCGGCGGAGCGUAUGGCAGCGGCCUUGUGCCGGGAGCGUUGCUGCCGAGUCCUAAUAUGAGCAAUCCGGACGACGCGUUUGGCAUACUGCCUUCCUUCGACCCCAAUUCGAGGCGGCGCUACUCAUCGGCUCAAGGACAUCAAAAUUUCUAGCCGCAGCUUGCCAAUCAGGAUGCGUCGGUGGUCGUGCGGCGGCUUGUACACCCACGCGUAGCCUGGCACCUCUUCGUGCCCCUCCUCUCCUACCUUCCUUCCGCCAGCUGCUUGACAGCCCUACACCACACUUUACCUCAUCUGCAUCCUUAACGAUCACGACUGUGCACUGGAUCAAAGCAAUACCCCAUGCAAACGAUCAAGGUGUUUUGA